AUGGCACCAGUAGGUCUCUUAGAAUCAUUCCUGGCCGCCGUUCAAGCCAGUCUUUCGGUAUUGCUGGUCAUAUUCUAUGGAGGGGUCACUGCGUGGCUCAACCUCCUCAAUCCUGCCAACACCAAGGCCAUCUCCAAAGUAUGCGUACGCAUGUUCCUCCCAGCUCUGCUCGUCACCAAGAUCGGGUCCGAGUUACACGCCGGGUCGGCAAGUCGCUACCUCAUCGUCUCCAUCUGGGCCAUCAUCUGCCAUUUCAUAUCUUUUUUGAUCGGCAUUGUGGCCCACCUGUGGCUAGGGAUGCCUGAUUGGACAACUGUGGCGCUCAUGUUCAAUAAUACGACCAGCUAUCCGCUGCUGCUCAUUGGCGCCCUGGAUGAGACGGGUGUUUUGGGGUCGUUGAUGGUGGCGGAUGAAAGUACUCGGGACGCCGUUGAGCGAGCCAAGUCGUAUUUUCUUGUCUUCGCCACCAUCUCCAGCUGCCUGACUUUCGCCGUCGGCCCACGACUGAUCGACACCGAGCAUGCCGCGGAUGAGGAUAAGGGGUCUCUCGGGGAAGAUGACGGCACGGAUGACGCAGAGACCGAACCGGGUGAGCAAACUGGCUUGCUUGGUGGGCAGGGUUCCAUCGUCCAGUUUUCGGACCCAUUUGUGGAAAAUUCAUUUUUCCCAUCAACCCGGAAGUCAUCAACAGUACAGCGACGACCCUCUGUGAAUCGGCGCGCGUCAAUCGUGCCUCGAAAGCAAUGGAUCAAGCUUGGUCCACGAGCCAAAUGGUGGCUCUUGUUCAUGUCCGACUUUUUCAAUGCUCCGCUCUUGGGCGCGAUUAUAGGGGCUAUCAUCGGCAUGAUUCCCGCUCUUCAUCGGGCCUUCUUCAAUGAUACAUAUGAGGGAGGCAUCUUCGCCGCCUGGCUCACGACAUCUUUACAGAGUAUCGGCGGCCUGUUUGUCCCGCUCCCGGUGGUGGUCGCUGGAGUCUCGCUCUACACAUCGUGGCGAGAAGCAAGAUCAUCCGGCCAGAGUCGGAGGAAGUUGCCCUGGAUUACCGUUACCUUCAUCUUGAUGAUCCGCUUCCUUGUCUGGCCCGCAGCAUCUAUAUCUUUCAUUUACGCGCUUGCGUCCAAGACAGACAUUUUAGGUCCUGAUCCGAUGCUGUGGUUUGCCAUGAUGUUGAUGCCGACGGGGCCGCCCGCAAUGAAGCUCAUCACGCUCGUGCAAGUUAGCGAUGCGGACGAGGAAGACGAGAGGAUCAUCGCAGAGCUUCUUACUAUUUCCUACCUCAUCUCUCCAGUGCUCUCUUUCACGGUCGUAGGCAGUCUGAGGGCCAGUCAGGCAGCGAUACGACCGUGA